AUGAGCUUGCUAUAUAGUGAUAACAGUUGUGGAGUCCGAGACUUGGAAAGCGGCUGCUGUGCAGCCAUGGCCAGUGCCUGCAGCGUUGGGGCGAAAGAAGACAGCGUAAGCGUCAGCAGUGGGACUGGAAACCCUCCAAGUUCUUUCACAGAGGAAACACAAGGAUAUGAUGUGGAGUUUGAUCCACCCUUGGAAAGUAAAUAUGAAUGUCCAAUCUGUUUGAUGGCUCUUCGGGAAGCAGUGCAGACACCAUGUGGACACCGUUUCUGCAAAGGCUGCAUUGUCAAAUCAAUAAGAGAUGCAGGUCACAAAUGUCCAGUAGACAAUGAAAUUCUGCUUGAAAAUCAACUUUUUCCUGACAACUUCGCUAAACGGGAAAUCCUUUCAUUAAUGGUUAAGUGUCCCAACAAGGGCUGCAGUAUGAAGAUGGAGCUGAGACAUUUAGAGGACCACCAGUUGCAGUGCGAUUUUUGCACAGUGGAAUGCCCACAGUGCCAAGGAGCCUUCCAGAAGAACCAUCUGAAAGAGCAUAUGACACAGGAGUGUCCGAGGCGUCAAGUCUGUUGUCCAAACUGUGCCACAUCUAUGGCCUAUGAAGAUAAAGAGCUUCAUGACCAAACCUGCCCACUCGCCAAUGUAUUUUGUGAAUAUUGCAACACAGUGCUCAUCAGAGAGCAG